GAUGGAUCUAUUGACUACAAUAUUUGUUGCUCUACAGCUACUUAAGGCUUUUUACUUCCGGUUCACGCCCUCCUUUACACCGACCACUUCUCUCGCUCCUAUUAUAGUAGCCAUUUGGUCAUCGUUACUUGAGACCAAGCCGAGCUAAUUUUCGAAUCACGAUGACGUUCCUACCACGAGGAAACGACGCCCUUAACAUUAAUCCGCCGGCCGGAGUCGACGAAGCUCUGUCGCGGCAUGGAUCGGACUGGCUUUGGGUUGUUACGGCCAUCUAUAUAGUCUGUUUUGUAAGUAAAGCGCUUAAUUCUCACGGGUGAUAUUUAUGAUAGCCUCCAUUGUUACGCUCACGCACUAACUUUCUUCUUGUUUGUAGCUCGGUCUCUUAGUCCUCUGUUUCACCUCCCGCGAGAGUGAUAGAGUCUUCCAUUACCUCUACACCAUGGCCCUCCUGGUCGGCGCUGUUACCUAUUUCGCGCAGGCUUCCGAUCUGGGCUGGAGCGCCGUUGAGCAGGUCAAUCACCUCGACCACGGCUUGUAUCGCCAGAUAUUCUUCGCAAAGUACAUAAACUGGGUCGUCGCCUUUCCCUCGUUCGCCCUGGGGCUCGGCCUGUUAUCGGGUAUCUCGUGGGUCACCGUUGUCCUCAACAUAUUCAUCUCCUGGUUCUGGGUCCUCAGCUACCUUGCUGCUGCUUACACUACCACCAACUACAAAUGGGGUUUCUUUGCCUUCGGCACUUUCUCGUGGAUCAUCCUCGCUAUGAGUACGCUCAACGAGUGUCGCGAAGCGGCGGAACUCGUUGGUAUCGGUCGCGACUACAUCAUGCUAGCCGGGUAUUUGAACCUGCUAUGGCUGCUGUACCCCGUUGCGUUCGCCCUAACCGAUGGUGGCAAUAUCAUCGGCGUUACUGGCAGCUUUGUCUUCUUUGGCAUCCUCGACGUGCUAACGCUGCCGGUCCUGAGCUUUGCCUUUGCGAUCCUGGGGCGCAAAUGGGACUUUGGCAAACUGAGCCUCGCCUUCAGUGAUUACCGCGGCGGCCGGCAUGGUGCUUUUUCUGCAGACAAGGAGGCGGUCCCAGUCCACGAUACCUCGGAUUCUUAAAACAUCUGAAUAGGGGCUAAGCUGUCGAGGCCUGCGGUCCUGUUAGUGUAAGCAGGCUUUCACGUCCCUAUAUUGUCGUGGUCAAUCUUGUGUCAGGGGAACUCAUGCUUCUGGAGGAGCAACGUCAUAGUCAAGUAGCGUCAGGAGUUUACUCCAUGGUUUUGGAAACAGGAAGUUUGCUUCCUUUUAAAUACGGGGCAAUGGCUAGUAAUCUAAUGGUAACAGGCACACCUGUACCGUUGGAGGUAGCAGCUCUACAAAGAGCAACGUUUGUCAAUGUUCUGGUCUGGCAGUUCACAAGUU